GAGCCGUGCUGAGCCGAUCCGCCGCUGGCCCCGCCCGGCCGCCCCCGUCCCCGCCCGUCCCCGCCAUGGCGGCGGCGUUCACCGCCCUCCGCGUCCUGCUCGGGCUGUUCUUCGUGCUGACGGGCCUGGGGAAGCUCUCGGAGCUGCUGUCGGCCGAGCUGCACCGGCACAUGAAGUCGGAGUUCGUGCGGUUCGCCCAGGUCUUUCCCCUGACGGAGUUCGGGUUCACGCCGGAGCCGGGCCAGUACCUGGAGGUGGUGGGCUGGGUGGAGGUGGUGGCCGGGCUGCUGCUGGCCUUCGGGCCCCAGCUCCUGCAGGAGAUCAGCAACUUCGUCCUCAGCGUCGUCAUGAUUGGUGCCAUCUACACGCUGCUGGUGCUGCGGGAGCCCCUGGCCAUGUGCGCCCCCGCCACGCUCUGCCUCGGCCUCCUCCUGCUGCUCAACAUCCGCGGGCACGCCGACCCCCCCAAGCCAAAGUUCGAGUGACCGGAGGCGGGAAUGAUGGACGUCUUGGCUGGCGGGAAGCGAUGCUCUUACAGUAUUUCGGGGGACGGCGUGGUGUGUCCUCUCCUGCCGCUGCUGGUUGUCAUCACGCUGCGGGACCCAGGCUGGUGCUGUGGGACGGUGGCGAUGUCACUGGCACCACUCUAGCAGCUCCAUUGCUAAGCUCGCACAAAAUGGACUGGUCUUCCUGGAACGGCCAUGCCAGGCUGGGGCUGGCUCUGCUCUCCUGGGGGCUUUUGUAUUUUGGAAUAAAGCCUCUAGUUUUUCACA